CAUUAAUUUCAUCCACCUACAUCUCUCUUAUAUAACUUAUCUCCCUUCACAACUCCUCACCACAGCCCCAUCAACAUGCUAAGACUCACCCCCUCCCCCUCGCCGGCCGCCGUUCUGGCCGUUGCCGCCAUAAUCUUAUCAUCAACCAUAUGCUUAGUUUCUGCGCAAGCGCCUUCUCCGGCACCCUUCUCAGGUGGAGGCGUGGAGCCGCCUUCAGAAUCCCUAGCGCCUGAAGCGGAAAACGAGUGUUUGACACCGCUGUUUAAUAUGACAGAUUGCCUGAGUUAUGUGACGGAGUCGAGUAAUGCGACUGUUCCGGACAAGAAUUGCUGCCCGGAGCUGGCGGGAUUGAUAGACAGUAACCCGAUAUGUCUGUGUCAGCUACUGGGUAACAGCAAGUUAACGGAGUCUUUUGGUAUAAAGAUUGAUGUUAACAGAGCUCUCAAGCUUCCUUCUAUCUGCCGUGUUACUACUCCUCCGGUUAGCUUGUGCUCAGCUGUAGGAUACCCGGUUCCAGGUCCAAUGUCAAGUGAAGAAUCUCCCUCACCAUUGUCUAGUGGAGCACUUCCACCUUCAGGUGUUCUGGCACCAGAAGGGCUAGCUAGCAGUCCAUCAAAAGGAAGUGCUUCAAAAAUUGCUCAACCCUUCAUUCUUGGAUUAGCAUUUUCAUCUCUUCUAACAUUCUUCUGAUCGGAGUUUCGAAUUUUGUGUGAUUCUUGAUUAUUUAUUUAUGUAACCUAUUUAAUUAUUUGUAUUAAUAAUUAAAGAUCAUGUGAAACUUGUUGAAUUUAUUUCAAUAUGAAUUGCCAAGAGAGUUAGAUUAUAAUUUGAA